CAAACAUGGUGUCUCAGUCUCCACCCCGUCCUCUACUCGUCCCACUUUUUACCAUCCCCCUUUGCCCCCUCCCCUCUUUGCUGUUGUGAAACACUGUAAAAUCUACGCGCCUCACCCACAGCCAGUUGAAGAGAUGGACACAAAUGCAGGUAGUGAGCCCAUGCAGGAGAUUAAGGGACCAAGCACACAAACUGCCGGUGGCGCUAAACCUCUGCACCGCUUCCUCAGAGGAGAGCCAAGAUCUGUUGGGAUUGUGCUGUUGUUCCUGGGCUUGUGUAUGUUCUUGUUUGGGAUUCCUCUGAAAGGAGACAUUAUGGAAACAUCAGCAGAAAACUAUAGCCCCUUUUGGCUGGGCAUCUUGUACUUUAUUUGUGGUGUUCUGUACAUACAGUCAGAACGCAACACCACGAAAAAGAUGGUCACAAUUAGUCUUGUGUUUAGUAUCCUUGCAAUACUUGGGACUUUAGUUGGUGCAAUAAUUUUCAGCAAAACUUUAGCCUCACACUCUUAUCAUUAUAUGAUGUAUCCAGAGAAUUUCAACGACAACGAAACACAAGUGACCGUGGAACAUUAUAUGCAGCUCUACAGCCUGGAAGCCGUGUUCCUGUUCCACAGCUUGGUGGCGGGAGUGAUCCUCAUUGCCAUGACUGUGUUCGCCCGUCUAGCACUGCGCUCAACUCAUACACAGAUGUUCGUGGUCAUGCGUUACCCACCUUCAGCAGAGUGAGGCCUCUUUAGAGAGACCUUGGGUGAACUCCAAACGCUAGUCUGUGAUAGAGAGCUCAUUAGAAUUCAUUCUAACAAGGAGGUGUCGUCAAGAAAACUGAAAAGAACAAGUUACUUGUGACAGUGUACACAGGAAACAAAUUGAAAGCCGUUUGCUUAAUGGCUAAUUAACUUAGCUCUUCAGGCCACACUGUAUGAUUGCUAGAAAUAAAGACUGUGAAAAAAAUCUUGUUAGAAUGGGAUCUCUAUGCUCUAGCGUUUGGGAUGGAGCAUACUCAUAUCUUACCAUUCUUUUCCUUCUUGGCAUAAAAAAACAACUGAAAUGUGAAACAUUUCACUAUAGCAUACACAUAAACACUGUACUAGUUCAUAUAUGGAAAUGUAUAUUGCCAAAUAAUCUUUUUAAUUUUGUAUUGAAUAAAUCUAACAAAACGAUGAUGACGUUUUGAUGUAAACAACCACUGACUAUAAUAAAUGCAUUUUUGUAUAUUCAA